UCAAGCGCGCUUAUUUCAAAAUGGCGGCUGCGAGAUCACAUUCAGCUCAACAAGUUGAUCCAGUGGAAAGACUAAAAGAGGAGUACAAGGCGUGGAAACACAGUCAUCCUAAGGACUUCAUUGCUAAUCCUGUAAAGAAGGACGGAGGAGAAACUGACUGGCUAACUUGGAGAUGUGCCAUUCCAGGACCAAAAAGGACAAUUUGGGAAGGUGGCAUGUACAAGCUAGAGCUUUCAUUUCCCCAAGACUAUCCAUUCUCUCCACCUAACUGUGUGUUCAAUCCUGUGAUCUUGCAUCCAAAUGUUUUUCCAUCUGGUAAAGUUUCCUUGUCCUUGAUUGACAAGAAUAAAGGUUGGAAGCCACAAAUUACGACCAAAGAGGUUCUUCUUGGAAUUCAGUUGUUGCUCAGUGAACCAAACUUCCAUGAACCAGCACAGGCUGAAGCAUAUGUAGUGUAUUGUCAAAGCAGAAUGGAAUACGAAGAAAGAGUCAAGAAACAAGCUAAAGAAAUGACUGUAAAUGGCAACUGAAAAAAAAAUUUUUUUUUGAUUAAGAUAAUAGAUGCUCCAUGAAGGUUGUACAGACAGGGGACAUAAGGAAGUUGUUAUUAACCCAGACAGCAAGGCAGAUGAAUUUGUUUGUCUUGCAUAGGGUCUAAACAAUCCAGUGUGUGGUGUAAAAGGUGCCAGUACCCAGAAGAAGGGCCAUACUGUAGGCCCCUUUCCCUGUGAUGGUUACGAGAGGCAUGCUUAAAACAUAGUGGUAAGAGGUCUCAUAUGUGAAGGCGGACCACCAGUCACUGGCUUUUAUUGAAAUUCCUGGUUAAAGUUUGGCCCAAAAUUCAUUUCAUUAACAAACUAGGCCAUUGGGAUGCUCCUUUAUGAACAGAGUGCAAAUACAUUACAGUCUCAAAGGCAAGUGUUUAACUCUCAAGCUUUGGACAGUUUUGCAUACAUUUCAUUUGUGCAUGUACUCACUGGUUAGAGGUGUAUUUACACAAGGAUGAAUGAAAUAAAGUUUACAUCUAACAGAA